CAGUUCCCCCUUCCCAUGACCCCCCUGGACCCCCUAAAUCUCCGUGUCCCCCCAGUUCUCCACUCCCUGCGUUACCUGGAUGUGACGGUGUCAGAGCCCAGCCCGGGGAUCCCUCAAUACCUGUCCAUGGGAUAUGUGGAUGGGAUCCCCUUUGAGCGCUACGACAGUGAGAGGGGCCAGACGGAGCCGCAGAUGCCGUGGAUGGCGGCCAGAGCCGAGCCGGGAUAUUGGGAUAGAGAGACCCAGAGCAAUGAGAGGAACAAGCUCAUUGCUACCACCAACCUGGAGACAGCGUGGGGCCUGUACAACUGGAGUAGGGGUCUCCACACGGUACAGCGAGUUUGUGGCUGUGACCUCCUGUCUGACGGGAGCGUCCGUGGAUCCUUUCGGCAAGGCUACGACGGGCGGGAUUUCAUCUCCUUUGAGCUGGGAUCCGGGAGCUUCGUGGCGGCCGAUGGAGCUGCCCAGAUCACCAAGAGGAAAUGGGAACACGAUGGGAUCGUGGCAGAGAGACAGACACAUUACCUAAAGAACAUCUGUCCAGAAUGGCUCAGGAAAUAUGUUGGAUAUGGGCGGGAGGCACUGGAGUGCAAAGAGCCCCCCGAUGUCCAUGUGUCUGGGAAAGAGGAACACGGGAUCCUCACAUUGUCCUGCCACGCGUACGGAUUCUACCCCGGGAUGAUCAGGAUCAACUGGCUGAAGGGGGAUGAACUGUGGGAUCAGGAGACGGAGUGGGGCGGGAUCGUUCCCAACAGCGAUGGCACCUUCCACAGCUGGGCCAGGAUCGAGGCGCUACCAGGGGAGCGGGAGCAGUACCGGUGCUGGGUGGAGCACGCCGGAAUGCCGGAGCCCGGGAUCUUCGCCUGGGAGCCGGAAUCCGUCUGGAAUUCCAUCCCGGUGUUGGUGGCUGUGUCCGUCAUUGCUGCCAUCAUCAUCAUCGGCCUCGUGGGAAUCGGUGUCUGGAAGCUCCGAUCCGGGAAGCGGGAAGGGAAUGGAUACGACCCCGCUCCCAGCAGGAAUCAUGGCCUGAACAAUCCUGGAGCUGGAUCCACCCCUUCCCUCUCCCUGCAGAAAGGCAGGAGCUGCUGGCAGAGCUCAUCCCUCUGCUCCCACCCACCCCGGCCCGCCUGCGGCUCUUCCCGAUGGAUCAACUUCCUGCUUUUUUCCUGUGUGAAACUGUCAGAGACUGAAACAGUCAAUGAUUUCUGCAUUCUGGGAUUGCCAGGAGACUUUUGCCGGCUUUUGCAGGACUUUGGCAUUAUCCCUCUGAUGGGCAGCUGGUCCCAUCUCUCCCUCCAGUGCUACUGAAGGUGUCAAGCCCUGAAAAGGAGAGAAGAGCCAAGUUUACCAGGCCCCUCACGGAACUCUGCGCUGGGCUGUCCGAGGUGUUGGGGGUUCAUGGCAUGGCCCAUCAAAGCCCAUCCCCCCUCUGCCAAUCUUGGAAGGUGGGAAAAAGCCUUUUCCCUGCUCCUCAUGGGAACUCUGGGCAGGCCUGGGAGACUUUGGGGUUUCAUGGCAUGACCCAGGACACUGACCAUGGAUAUAAGAACUCAUAACUUCCAUGAGUGUGGGGGCUUCCCUCCCUCACCCCCAAUGGAUCAAGGCCACCACUUUAACUGACAGACAUGGGAGCUGCAACUACCAAGUUCCAUCUCUGGACCCCGUGGGUGGUGACUAUAGACAUCUGUCCACUCUCAGCUUUUCUUUCCCUUCCUCUCCCUUACCCUUCUCCUGUCCUUCCUUUCUCUCCCUUAUGCAUUUUCCCCAAAGGUUCUCUUUAUGCCAUGUUGCUGUAGAUGAGAGAUACAGAUGAUAACACCCAAAAUGGCAACGUACCUGUUUACCUUUGAAACAAAAUUGUUCUAAAAUAAACCCUACAUAUGUAAGUUUUCAAACAC